CACUCGUCAAUCCAUAUUUACUGGAUCAUUUUUAGCGACACAGAAGUAAUCAUCCUCCAGUAACUCUCAGUCGGUCUCUCUCUGUAGUCAAUGUUUCUCCUGCAAACGCUUAAUGGACUGAACAGCAGAUUAAUAUGAACAAUCUCCAUUGAUCGUUUCGUUUUAUUCAGCUCUACAGCAGCACAAUGUACAGCCUUAUUUUACCCUGCUUUUUCUCAGUAUUUUUGGAUGGUGUGUUUGCCAUUGAGACGGAUGUAAUGAAGACCGUAAUAGAGGGAGAUUCUGUCACUCUAAACAUUGAUUAUUCUGAAAUACAGUAUAUUCUGAUUCAAUGGUUUGCACCUCAACGCUUUUUUAUAGCUCGAAUAGAUGGAGAUGACAAUAAAGUUUCAUAUGGGGAUGAUAAGAUAUUCAGAGACCGAGUGCAACUGGAUCAGACAGGAUCUCUCACCAUCAGGAACAUCAGAAUCAAACAUGCCGGUCAAUAUAAAGUAGAGAUAAUCAGCAGCAAAACCACUACCUACCUGACAUUUACUAUUACUGUCCAUGAUUCUCCACGUGUAUCUCGUGGACAGACAGAAGACUUGAAGACUGUGCCAGUGACGGCUGGAGAUUCUACCACUUUAAGCACAGAUUUUAAAUCGCACGGAGAUGAGCUGAUACUGUGGAGGUUUGGACCUGAAGGCCAUCUCAUAGCUAAAUGGGAUAUAGAGGACCGUAAUAUCUCAUAUGACGGUAUGGGUGGGAGAUUCAAUGGCAGACUACAGCUGGAUCAGACUGGAUCUCUCACCAUCACAAACACUAGGACCACAGACACUGGACUCUAUCAACUACAGAUCUACAAUAACAGAGGGACAAAACACAGGAGAUUCAGUGUUUCUGUCAGUGAGGCGGGUCUGUCUUCAGGUGCUGUAGCAGGAAUAUGUGUUGUUGUACUGUUGGUAACAGCUGCAGCUGCAACUGCUAUUGUUAUUUAUUAUCGGCACAGGAUCUCUCAACUAAAGACACAAAUAAGUGAUACAGAUGAACUGAAGACCACUUUAAUGAUGAAGGGAGAACCUGUCACUCUAAGCGCUGAUGAUGCUCAUAUACGGAAAGAUGAUGUAAAUGUGUAUUUUGGAGUCGCUCUUUUAGCUAAAAUCAGAAGAGGAGAGAUCUCAUCUGAUGGGGUUGAUGAGAGAUUCAGAGACAGGCUGCAGCUGGAUCAGAAGGGAUUUCUCAUCAUAACAGACAGCAGAAGCACAGACACUGGACUUUAUGAACUUAAGAUCAUCAGCAGCAGCAGCAGAGAGAUUGCAUACAUGAGAUUAUUUGCUACUGUCAGUGAUGAAGAAGUGAUCCGAAAGCAAGUGACGAAGGGAUGUCCAGUCUCUCUAAUCACAUUUACUGAAAUAAAGGAAGAUGCUGAGAUAAUGUGGAGAUUUGAAAACACUACCAUAGCUAAUAAAAACAAAACAGACAAAAGCAUCUCAUUUAAAGAUGAUGUUCUUAAUGGGAGAUUCAAAGGCAGGCUGCAGGUAAACCAACAGACUGGAUCGUUCAUCAUAACUGACAGCAGAAUCACCGACUCUGGAGAGUAUGAUCUUUUGAUCACCAGCAGAAGAGCAAUUGUACACCAGAGAUUUGAUGUUACUGUCCAUGCUGGUGUUGAUACAGAUGCAAUGACAGUUUUAGUGAUGGAUGGAGAAUCUGUCACUCUAAUCACCGAUGAUACUCGCGUGCAGAGUGAUGAUGUGAACGUGUAUUUUGAAGACACUCUCAUAGCUCAAAUCAGAGAAGGAAAGAUCUCAUCAGAUGAUGGGAGAUACAUAGACAAACUGCAGCUGGAUCGGACUGCUGGAUCUCUCGUCAUCACUGACGCAAGAACCAGAAACAACGGACUUUAUAAACUGAAGAUAAGCGAGAUCACAUAUAAGAGAAUAAUUGUUACUGUCAUUGGUGAACAAGUGAUCACAAAGAAAGAGAUGGAGGGACAUUUUGUCAAUCUAAACACUGAUACUGAAAUACAAGAAGAUGCUCAAAUAGUGUGGACAUUUGAAGACAUUGUCAUAGCUGACAAAAACAAAGAGAACAAAAAGAUGUCAUUACAUGAGGAUGCUCGUGAUGGGAGAUUCAGAGGCAGACUGAAGGUGAACGAACAGACUGGAUCUCUCACCAUCACAAACACCAGAAUCACCGACUCUGGAGAAUAUGACCUAAAGAUCAACACCAGAAGAGCAAAUAUACAUAAGAGAUUCAAUGUUAUUAUAUGUGGACGUUCCAGAUCAGGCAGUGUGAAUGAAUCGUCAAUGAUGAACAUGCUUCCACUGAAUGUAUUUGGUUAUGAUGGAGCAAAUGAGUCAGAUCCUUUGUUUAAUGAUGGGGUAGAUGAUGGAGAGAAUGAGCUGUUGGGGACUCCUGUUUGAGUUGGACCACGCUCACUAGUGUGAAUCACUAAAUGCACCAUUUGUGAAGACCUCACUAGUACAAAGUAUCUGGUUUUAUGGUGUUUUCAGACAAGUGGCUCGCUUGAUUGGUUCCGAAUUAAUUGGGCUAAAAUUGUUACAAUGUUGCAUUUUCUUCUUGGUUAGGUUUUGCUUUCACAAGACAACGUUUCAAACCUUUAUCGGCCAGAAAGUUUGUGCGAUGUACCCAGGUUUAGCUUAUUCAUAUACUGAUAUCGAUAUGCCCGUUAAAUUAUAUACCUGAAUUAAUUUGUCAUCUGCAGUGUUGGAUAAAGUACCCAAUCCUAAUAUUUAAACAUGCACUUUGUAACUAUUGUCUUUGUGUUGUCUUGGACUUACACUGACACCUAGUGGCUUGGAUGCAGCAUCAUUUAAAAUCAUUAGUUUCAGUUUCAGAUGCCAUUGUAGAAAUGUAGUAUUCACAUUCAGCUCAUUGAUGACUUUAAUCAAUGAGUGCAAAUGUAAAAAAUCAGGGCUUCCCAAAAGCAUCGUAAGCCUAAGUAGAUCGUAGAAUCCAUCUUAUGAUUCAUCUUAGUUUUUCAGCCCAUUUCCCAAAAGCGUCUUAAUUUAAGUACGGUAGUACUUAAAUGCUCGUAGGUUAACGAGUGCUAUUAAAAUGCAAAGAAAUGUAUCGUUCUGCACACAACAAUUGCAAAACAAAAUGCAAUUAUGUAGUCAAUUAUGUUGUACAGUUUAAGAAAAUAUUUUUAUAGGUAAAUGACAAAGUUUUUAAAGUUACACACUAAUAAAAUGAAGAUGACGAGCAGCACUAUACAGUCACUUUUCAGCACUUUAUGUUUAUGGACAGCGUCUCUCUUAAGUAGCACUUAAAGCGCAUCCUUGCACAUUCAUGUUAAGUGCAGUUUUGGGAAACGCACAUAAAAUAUAACGAACGUUCGCAAAAUCGCUCGUAGAAAACGGUCUUAACCGCAAAGAUCAAUCGUUAUCGGGAAAUGUAGCCCAGGACGGUUACUGACAUUAAGCGAGUUGUAUUCAGCUGGUCAUGUGAUUCCAACAUGGCCGCCCCCAUGUGUGGACCCUCUCCAUGUAGACUAAAACCGCCUUUAUAAGGUUACUGAUAUGACUGGAGUCUUCAUUUUAAUGCGAGUGCUCAUGAAUUUAUACAUAUAUUACAAAAAUUACAAUUCUUGUCUUUACGAGUUCAACUUUUUUAAUGGGGAGAAGUUACUGAGUCCACCUUUUAAGUAAAAGAUAUCUUUAUGUAAAAUGGCUCAAGUAGAAGUUAAAGUAGCUCAUGAGGAAAAUACUUAAGUAAAAUUAAUAAAGUAAGCAUUAUCAAAUGUAUUUAAAUAUCAGAAGUAUGAGAAUAUAUCUUUGACUGAUUCUAAAGAAUCAAAUUGAUCAAAAGGUUCGAUUCAAAUGAUUCAAUCACAAAUAAUUUCUCUAAAUGAUUCAAAAGAAUCCAAUUGAUCAAAACAUUACACAAACAAUUCGCUAAUUGAUUAGUUCAGUCCACCUUUUGAACUGUUUUGACUGAUUCAAAAGAAUCAAAUUGAUCAAAAGAUUUGCUAAAUGAAUCACUCAGUCGGUAUUUUGAACCAGUUUGACAAUUUCAAAAGAAUCAAACUCAAAAAAGUUUCAUCUCAAUCAAUUAUUUGACCAAUCGGAGGACACAUCACUAAUCUGUGUGCAGUUUAUAUUUGCAGCUGUUGUUUUUGUUGUGGUUUUCAGUUGCAAAAGUAAUGUAAAAGUGUUCAUUUUCUCUUUAAAAUGUUGUGAAGUAAAAGUGAAACUCGGCUUGAUUAAAGUAGAAAUAUUCAAAAACUGUACUUAAGUACAGUAACUAAGUACUUUUAUUUUGUUACUAUACUUCUCUAGUCAGCUGUUUAACAAUAGCCAAAAAUGUUUAUGUUACGGUUAUGCAAAGCAUCGCUACAUGGUACAGAAUGCACGUUCCUUUCAGAGGUUGCACUGCGAAUACACAUUAUCUGUCACUCGGAUAGAUAUGAUCAGUAAAAUUUCCAUUGUUGUUAUUUUGUAUCUGUCGUUAGUCGGCUUUGCAUUAUUUCUGUAUUUAAAAGUGCAUUUUCUCACGGUCACAGAGUUCUUUCUCUCAUGCAUACAGCAGAAAGAGUGAAGAAAGGUUAAUAAUGUUUUCAACUGUCAAAAAGCUGCUAACGCAACCCUGAUAGCACACACACAUCACGCAGACGUCUAUUUUACAUUGUCUAUAUGACUAUAUUGACGUCUAUAUGACGUAUGUUAAAGGUCUGGUCUCUGAUGUCAAUAUGACGUUCAGCAGAUGUCUUUGAGACGUUUAUUAUACAGAGUGUUUG